GUUACUAGGUACAUUAAUAACAAGAUCAGAGGAAUACCACAUGAAGCAAAAAUAGUCCUUGCACUGAAGAACACAGUUUGGUUGGAUCCAGUGGUUCGAGUCACCAGACUUCUAGAUCUGAAAACGUAUAUCAAUGAAUACAACAUUCGCUCUGAGAUCUUGUCUACUGGAUUAGGAGUCGAUAACCCCAAACACAUACCCGAACUCCAAAAAUUACUUAGAGAUGCAGAAACAUUUCACAAAAAAGGAGACUUGCCUGCAUUAAUCCAUCCUCUAAGCCGUGGAACAGGAGAGAAAGCUACACCCAUUUCACCACAGAGGAUCUUGGACCAUACUAUUAAUGCUUCACAUAACUCGGAGGAACAGGUCCCAUCCAGUGAACAUAAUGGGCAAGAGAGAGACACCUUGACAGCUGAUGGCCACUCUCAAGUAACCUUGCAAAACCAUUGUAAUCUAAGAAGUAAAGCAGAUGAAUCUCCCCAACCUUCCUGUAAAAGGUUUCAUCCAACAAUAAAAUGGUUUGAAAAGGAAGAUGUUGUUGUUUUGAAGAUAAAAUUGCAAAAUGUUUUUUGUUACGAUUGCAAAUUUUUUAAACAACGGGUCGUUUUCAGUGCUUCUGCAGAAGGGAAGUUUUAUUUGGCCGAUAUGGAGCUGCAAGGAAGUAUCCUCAAAGAAAAAUCAGCUUGCAUACUUAAAAACGAGGAGCCUGUGAUAACCCUUGCAAAAGAGAAGACAGGACCGUGGUGCAGUUUGCUGAAGCACAAAAAUCCUCAUGUGUCUUUUGAUUUUGAUUACUUGGAAGACUGUGAAGAAAGAAGUCCCAUUUUUGUUGACAUAGCUCCUACGAAAAUACGCCAGUGUGUUACAGUGGUGUGUGAAGAGGAAUUGGAAUCCUUGGACGAGAGUGAUACGGAGAGCGAUUUGUCCUCCUGAUCAUUUUAGUUUGGAAUUGGAGAGUGAGAUUAGUUUUUUCACGUGAGGACUCUUCUUGCUGGCCCUGUGCCAUUUUCACAGGGGUACAAUCUUAGGUUUUUAAAUAGCAGGAUAGAUGUGCGUGGCCAACAUAAUUUGAGUUGUCACUGUGGAGAGAUUUUGCCAUUUUGAUAGUUGUUAAUAGGCCAUGAUCUGAUGCAUCCUUAUUUGGAAUUAGGUGCUACAGGGCUGGAUUUCAGUGAAAUGUCGUUCCUAUGAUAGAAGCAUUGGUAGAGCUGUUUUAGUUAAACACACAUCAUGUGCUAACCUAAUAAUAACAUCAGCGAAGAAACAUUAUGAUGGGAAUUCUUUCUUCUUGGUAAGUGAAGAGAGUUCACUGAAAUUUGUGUCAUAAAGACAGCAAUUUUAGUCUUUACCUAACAAAAAAGCAAACUUUCAAGUCUCCUGCAGAUCCUAGGCUGAAGUGUUUAAAGUGAACACAGUUUGAGAAACAAAUCAUUAAGAGCAACAAUGCAUUAAUUAAACAUAGACUUCUUAGGCAAUGCAACUACCAGAAUAUAACCCUGAUUAAUAUUAUUUAGGGCAGGAGUCCCCAACCUCUGGUCUGCGACCUGAUACCGGGUCCUGGCCUUGGUAGGACCGGACCGUGGAGACAGAUCUCAUGCAUCUGUGCGAGCAUACCUUGCCCACCCACAAGCGUACCCUGCCCAUGCGUGCGAGCACACCCCACCCACCUGAGCAUGUGCAACCAUGCACCCUGCCCACCCACACAUGUGUGAGUGUGCACCCUGCCCCCCCCAGUCGGUCAACUGUUUGGAAAAGGUUGGGGACCACUGACUUAGGGAGUGUGUUUUUUGAACUGUCUCUAUAAGAUGCCAUUAUAAAGAACAGCAAAAGGACACUAUAGUUGCCCUAAGUACAAAACCAUUUAACAGAAUGGUGUUAUCACAUUGAAACUGGCUCUGCAACAGAAAAGUUAUGUAAAUGUUUGGGGGUGGGGGGAAGAAUUUCUCAGGAUAUAGUGAGUAUAUUGCAACAUGGUGAAAUCCCUGUUAGAAAAACAAAUUAUAAAGUUAAGUCUAUUUUAUCAAAUUUUGGAGAGAAUGACAUUCAGGACUAGAUAGAAAAAUAUGUUUAUAGUGGCUGAAAUACUGUUACUUAGUGAGUAAGGUGCACUAGAACAGGCCCAUUUGAAUCACUGGAACUUAUAGAGGA